UUUGGUCAUCCUUAAAUGCGGAGGACUAAACUGCACGUCACACAUAAGUACAAGGAGCAAUAUGCUAACAUCCCUUAUUUAAUCAGCAUUAUUAUCCUCUUCUUCUUCUUCCCUGAGGGCAAACCGGACACAAGAGCGCCAUUAUUGCCGAACAAGGUACAAAAUCAUAUAACUAUGGCAAGUUUAAUGAUGGGUCCGCCAUUGGCGUCAUUCUCCAAAACAAGCAAAACUGCGCAUAAAACUUCAAAUUCUACCAACGGUCGAAUCAAAUGUGUGCAGAGACCAUUGGAGGAGAUAUACAACAUAAGGGUGGAAAAGAGCGUGUCCAAACAGCGGUUGACCGAGCUCGGGGUGUCAAAGUGGUCAACGUGGAAGACGGGAAAGUGCAAUGUGCCAUGGGAUUGGCAUGUUGACCAACUGGUUUACAUUGAAGAAGGCGAGGUUAGGGUUGUGCCUGAAGGCAGUGAACGAUACAUGAGUUUUGUGGCUGGUGAUUUGGUACGAUAUCCUAAAUGGUUCGAGGCGGACCUUUGGUUUAAUGGCUAUUAUCAAGAACGAUAUAGUUUUCGUGCGUAUGGUGAUGAUUAGGUUAUGUUUGUUGUAUGUUUUGUUGGUUAGACACGCGUAACGUCACUCCCUCUGUUUGGGUUGUUGAAUUUGUUGUACUGUGUUUGUUGACUAGCUUCUAUGCCAGGUUAGUAUGAAAUGUCAUGGUUUUCUUGCUCA